GUUCUGUUGCCCUGUGUUUUUAAAAACAAUUCCGAAAUUUUAUUUUAUCUUAUAAUAUGGCUGCGCCCGUGAAUUUCCACGGAUACAACUUGAGAGCCAGAGUAAUUUUUAGGUUAUUUCAGUUCUCUAAGAAGGUAUUUUUGAUUUUCUUAUAUUUGCAUCAUAUGAAAUUUUGGUAAAUUGUGUACUUUAACAUUAAUUAUUUUUUUCUUUGAUGAGGCAUACCUCGAAAAUGUGUCAUAUUGAGGUUAUUUGUCCAAAAAAUAGGUAACUAGGACAGUAGGACUAGACUAGUCCUAGGUUAAUUUAAUGCCAUGGUCAUGGGGUUAAUCGUACUACUAAAGUACUUUAGGCCCAUAGCUAUACAUAACUAGAAAUACUAACAAAUAUCAGUUUUGUUAACUGUAAUCCCCCUGUAAUCAGCACUACUCAUUUCCCCAUUGCUUUUGCCUUUCAAGGCCUUUGCCUUUGCACUACCUUUUUUUUUUCAAGUGCACAAGAUACACGUCCGGCGACUUGUCACGUGACCGCCGGACAUGGCCGGACGGCUAGUAGUUUUUAUAAUUCCAAACGAAGUAUGAUUUAGUACAUCUUGUCUGGUCUUGUGGUAGAGUGGUUGCUUGACGAUAGGAAUGUUUGAGGAUCUAUACCGGGGAUAGGGUCGUUUUUUUUCUUCCCAUUUUAAUUAAAAUAUUUUGUAUAUAUUUAUAUUAUCAUGUUCCUCAGCAACAGUAGUUUCAUGAGAAGUUUUUAAAUAUUUUGUAGCAAUUGAAAUAAUUUAAAAUGAAAUCUUUAACUUUUAUUGGUUGCCACACUGGCCCCUAAUUUAUUUUAUGGAUUACUGGUACACAAAAAAUAACAAACUAAACAAAAAUGUUUACAAGCCACUUUCACUUAAGUUUCUUUUUCUAGUAUUUGCAUUCAAGAUACUCAGUACAUUACUUGGUAGAGAAAUAGAUUUUAAAAUUAACAAUAGUUUUGAAUUAUUCGCAGUCACGUGACAAGGCUGACCGACAAGAUAUCUCUCGCCACUUUGUUACGGCGGUCAUGUGACUUGGUCGCCGGACACAUAGUGCGGGAGAUAGACGUCCGGCGCGCCGGACGUGUAGACACUGCCUUUUUUUUUUUAUAUCAGAAAAUAAGAUAGACAUGAUAGACCAACGCCAACAUGCAAACAUAUCUCAUAUUAGUAGAUGUUGUAGAUAAGAAUUAAUAUUAAGUUUUAUUUUUUACCUAAACUUCAAUAGCUUUUUUUUGUGUAGACUAUUGCUUGAAAUUUAAAGAAGAAAAAAAUUACAAACCAAAUUUUUUUUUUUAAGGCGAAAAUAAAUGAAAAUUCUAUGGAAAAUGAAGAAUUCACUAUUGUAAAAUACAAAAAUACAGAUACAAAAUACCAAAAACACUUUUUAAUAAGUGUUAAGAAUAUUAUUUUGUUACUUUUAAAAUGCUUAAAGUAAAAGAAAUUCCAAUGUCAUGUAAAUGUAAUGCUUUUGCAUGUUAAUUGAUGUACAUAGCAUAUGUAAUAGGAGAAAAUAUGAUUAAAAGUUAAUAGGCAACACAUUGCUAUGACUUAUUCUAAAUGCUGCAAUGAUUUUGAGGUUCAAAGUUAAACUUUUUUGGCUCACUUCUAUGGGUAAUGGUUUAAGCCUUGAAUGUCUUUUUAUAUUUUAAGAUAAUAAAAUGCUUUUCAUGUAAGGUAGGUACCCCAAUACUGGAUUACGGCACUGUAAGGGAUUGAUGGUAUGUAGAUGUUAUGUAAUUUAUGUACAAUCUUAAAACAUACUUAUGUCUAACACAUGUAUUUGUUACUAAUUUAAUUAUUCAUCUUUGCGUAUUGCCCCAGAAUUUUAAUCUAAGUCUACACCGGUGCAGUCACAAGCGAGCAGUUGCCUCAACUAUGAAGCUCUAUGACCGAGACAUGUACUGGAAUGACAAGUGUUUGCCCGAUGAAGCGGUAUGCAGAACCCAUUUAAAUUCUUUUUGCUAAAUAAGGAUCUGCCAUAAAAAAUAGUCUUAAAGACAAGCUAAAAAAAUGUCAAUUUAAAAUUCGCUGAACCAUAAAAUUGUAUCUUUCCUUGAACAAGUUUUUUGUCUUUUUUGGGUACUUGUCGCGUGAAGGAAAAAAAAAAAUUAUGUUUAACCGUUUACAAGCCUUCCAUAUAUCACAGUUUAGGAGAGCGCUGCUUAACUCUUUCUCUCCGUAUCAACGCUUCCAUCGUCUAUUUGAAAUUAAGAUUUUGGCGUAUCGAUUGUCAAUGUAUAAAAACCUGUUUCUAUCCUAAGCAAUUGGUUUUUAAUCAUUUUAAAUCAAUUCUAGAAUGAUUUCCAUUGGAAAACAUUCGGUUUUUCUUUAUUUGAACAAGUUUUUACAUAGAACGAAGUGUUUGAAGCUGUUUUGAUUUUCCAUUUUAUUUUUGUUUUCAAACAUAAAAUCUUGACCUGACCCAUCUGGUAAUUGAUCUAAUAAAGGUUGAAAAUAUUACUCUGCUGAUGAUUUUAUGAUUUCAGAUGCAAAGGCUGAUUCUGAUGAAUCAUAUAAUUAUAAUCCUAGUAAUAGUAUUAAUAGUUCUAGUGACGAAAUAAUGAAACUGGUAAUUCAUCAGGUGAUGUACAACCAGCCCCACCCCCAGCUAAAGUGCACAUCCAUAUGGAUUGUUUUUUAGGCUUACCAUAGCUAAAACCAGAUGAAAAGGUAUAACAUAUUUAUGGUAAAUUUUCCAUUUACCAUAAUCAAUGUUAGUACAUACAAGGAUACAGUGCAAAAAUUUUCUAAUAGCAACAGAUUGUUUCCAGUGGAAAUAGUUUUUUUUUUAAAAUUCAGAAAUUUUUGUGUGGCGGUGACAAUGGAUAAUGCUCCGUUUUUUUUAUUUUUUAUUUUUUUUAAGUUGAUCUUUAUUAUUAGUGAUGCACAUACGAAUAUAGUUCAGAAAAAAACAUUUUUUUUACACUUUGGAUUAUAUAUUUCUCUUUGUGUGGCGUGGAAUGAGCGUUUUGUGAACAAUGGUGAAUUUUCUAUUUAAAAUGUUUAUUUUCCUUAAAUCAUAAUCACAUUUCUAUGUUAAAAUUUAAAUCCAAGUCUGGUUUGCUUGUAAAGGGCAUACAUUACCAUUUAAUUCCAUACCAAACUUACCAUUUUCUGAUGAAAAACAAAAAAGUUAUGAUGGUUUAGAGAUAGCAUAGUAGUGCCUAACUAAUAUGCAAAAAUAGAUAAUUCGUCAGAACACAGAAAUUAUUUCUGGAGAGAAAGAGUUAAGUCAAUUUAACACAUACUUUUUUUAUUUAAGAAAUUGAAACCCUAGCUAUUAUUCAUUGCUUUGUGCCUUCAAAACAACAGAAAUCACCAUUCACAAAGUUGUCCAUAUUCAAUACAACAAACCGUCAUUCACAAAGUUGUCCCCAUUCAAAACAAACAAACCACAUGAAACUGUUCAAACAUCACUAGUGAUAAACUUAAUUUAAGCUGGAACAUCUUAAUGAAUGUUUGUUGGCUUUUAAUGAACUAUACAGAAUAUAUUCUAACAAACCAGCAUUACUUUAUAUUUAUUUUGUAGACUAUUUAUAUUUGUUAUUUUUACAGAAAUUUGAAAAAGUCUUGAUUGCAAAUCGUGGAGAGAUUGCAUGUCGUAUAAUGAACACUUGUAAACGUCUGGGAAUUAAAACUGUGGCGGUACAUAGUGAAGCAGAUUCAUUAGCUGUAAGUACAGUUCUUUAUAUUAUAAUACAAAAUCAGGCAAAACUGCAGUGGAUAUCUACUAAUAGAAUAUUGUGGUUAAAGCUCUUUUUUUCAAAUCAGAAAUAUGAAAGUUAUGGAGGUAUAUUACAUCAUAAUCUCUGUUUACUGUUUAUAAAUAUUGUAAUCCACUAGAUGUUUUUGAGUUCUUAAAGAAGUGACUAUUCUAGCCUAAAAGGUCAGUGUUGUUUGACCUAUCAAAAUAUCAAAUCACCAAUAGGUCCAUACUCGGAUGGCAGAUGAAGCCAUCUGUAUUGGACCGGCUCCAACUAGUGAAAGUUACCUGAGGAUGGACAAAAUCUUGAGAGUCGUGCAGGAAACAGGAGCUCAGGCUGUGAGUGCUUUCUAAAAUUUGUAAAAACCUUUUCUGCGUUCCAAGUUUCUUCCAUAACAAGAUUUGUGUUUAUUUAAGCAUGCGACCUGGGGGGUAGUAGAUAUUUUAGUGUUCAUAACAAUGGGGAUUGACAAUGGAAGCAUCAAGGAAAGAAGAUUUUACGCUUUAAUAAUAAUUGUAACUAGCUUAAUUGAAUUACUAUGAAAUUUAACGUGGACAAAUUUUGAUGUUUUGCCAGGUACACCCUGGGUAUGGUUUUUUAUCAGAAAAUACAGUUUUUGCAGCUCGAUUAGUAAGUUAUUUUCGUUGGAUCUGUGUGUAAAUAUUGAAUUGUUUUGUGUGUAAAUAUUUAAUUCUUUUUUGUGUAAAUAUUUAAUUCUUUUGUGUGUAAAUACCAAAUAGUUAUGUUAUUUAUGGAGUUUUAAGUCUAUUCAAGUUAUUUAUGAUCAAGUUGACUUUUGAAGUUAUUUUAGUUAGACAAUCAGAUGUGUCAUAGUGAAUGGGUUGACGGAUGUGCCAUUGUGUAUGGUCAGGCAGUAAGAUUGCCAUUGUGUAUGGGUACAUGUAUGAGCAAGCAUCACCUUCUAUUAUUGAAUGAUCACCAAUGUUUUUAAAUGAAUUAUACGAUAUUCUUUAGUUCAGGUCCAAUUCUGGAGUACUUUUGUUUUAUUUUAGAAAGAGAUUGGAGUUUCUUUUGUUGGACCCAACAGCGAGGCCAUCCAUGCCAUGAAAGAUAAGAUUGAAAGCAAACGUAUAGCAGCGAAGGCGGGGGUCAACAUGAUUCCUGGCUAUGAUGGGGCAAUAAGAGACGCUGACCACUGUGUGGAACUGGCCAAUUCUAUUGGUACAUGACUUUUUUUUUUUUAGAUCCACUCUUUUAAAACAGCAAUAUUACCUAUUUUGUCUUAGACAAAUAAAAUUCUGAGUGUACACCAAUUUCUUAAUUUUCCACUGAGACCAAAGAUUCUCACACUUUGGGUAGUCAACAACAAGACCGUUUCUGGGGGGGUCUCAAGAUUUUUUUGGAGAUGAAUUUUAAAUCAUGGGCAACAAUAUUACAUUGAACUGUAAGGAAACAUAGUUUAAGGGAGUGCACUGUUAAAGUUUUAUCACAAGGGGGUCACAAGUCUACUAAAGUUUGAGAACGACUGCUUAGGGCUACCGACUGAAUGUUUUAAGUUUGAGAAGCACUGCUGCAUAUCACUGUUGUGAUUUGUAUGAGCAAUACAAAAAUUUGGUUGCUACGAACGAUCUCCUCUGUUGCAGGGUACCCUGUGAUGAUCAAGGCCUCUGCGGGUGGAGGUGGGAAGGGCAUGAGAAUAGCCCAUAGUGAUGAGGAAGCCAGGUCAGAAAUGCAGAUUUGUUUUCAUGUCUAUUAGUGUUAUUGUUGUUGUGUUCAAACCCCAUUUUUAACUUUUAACAUUUAACUGUUUGAAAUAAAGGCUUAAUUUUUUAAAAAAUUUAAAUAAUCUCUCCCCUGGGAGUCUAUAAAUAUAAGUGGCAAAAGUUUGAGUAUCGGUAUGUAAUAAAAACAAAUAUCAAUAAAUCAUGUCUUCUUUCUUGUAGGUCAGCUUUUCGUUUGUCCCAACAGGAAGCUAAAUCCAGCUUUGGAGAUGACUGAAUGCUGAUUGAAAAAUAUAUAGAACAUCCUCGACAUAUUGAGAUACAGGUGAGGUCGUUAUAAAAAUGAAAAACGGGUACUUUUAUUGAGAUACAGGUGAAGUUAUAAUAAAAAUAAAAAACAUGUCAAGUCAUUACAAAAUUAAUAUACAGGUAAAGUCAUUUCAAAGUUUAUAUAGAGGUAAAGUCCUUUUAUUGAUAUACAGGUUGUUAUGUAGCACACAUUCCCCGUGUGUGAACUUUGCUUGACCUAAAUUAGAUCCCUAGCAGAUGGUAGCGUUUGUUGUGGGCGUGGUUUAAAUUCUCUUUGAUGUAUCUUGUUUACAACCACUGCCAAUUACACAUUGGGUAGUAUGUCUCCUGGUAUCUUGUCGAAUCUUCUCGAUAACCCGAGAAAUGUAAACAACACGUCAUAAUUCUUUUCUGGAAGCGUCUUACGCUACAUGUAUAUAAGGGAUUGACAGAUACGGAGAGAUGGAGAUUCAGAUAGAUAUUUUUACCUUCACGAGAUGUUUAUCAUUCAUUGUGUGCUAUAUGUGUUUAUUCACAUUGAUCAUUCAUCAUUAUUCAUUGGCACAUUGCACUAAUUGUGUACCGGUACAAGAUCUACCAUACUGUAAGUUGAUAAUUUGUCAUGAUAUUUCUUUUGUUUUGUAAUUACAUUAUUACUUAAUAAAUCUUAUUGUAAUUAGCAACUGUUUUGGGUGUCCUAUCUUUAAUAUUGUUGACUCUAUGGUAUCCUCCUUUGUUAGGCACUGUUUACAACGAGCCAAUUAAAAUUAAAAUAAGAGGUUAAUUUCUCACAAUAAAAGACAGUGCGUAACAAGGUAAAGUCAUCAAUAUUGAGAUACAUGUAAAGUCAUUAUUAUAUUGAUAAAUAGGUAAAGUAAUAAUAUUGAAUAUAUUUAUUGCAUGUUUGUUACCUUGUGUUGUAGGUCUUGUGUGACAAACAUGGUAAUAGUCUGUGGCUCAAUGAGAGAGAAUGUUCCAUUCAACGAAGAAACCAAAAAGUUAUUGAGGAAGCCCCUAGGUACGUAUAGACCCUGGGUUUAGCCUGGACUGCAUCUUGUGUGACAAACAUGGUAAUAGUCUGUGGCUCAAUGAGAGAGAAUGUUCCAUUCAACGAAGAAACCAAAAAGUUAUUGAGGAAGCCCCUAGGUACGUAUAGACCCUGGGUUUAGCCUGGACUGCCCCGUUUUGGGAAAGGCAAAGUUCAACUGGAUGUCACAUUGUCUUGUUGAGAGCAAUGUCACAUUGUUUUGUGAUUUUAGAGCAAUGCCACGUUUUGUAAAUGAGUGAGAGAUAAUUGUAACAUUGUUUUGUGAUUAGUUGAGAGCAAUAUCAAAUUUUUUUGUGAUCGAUUGAGUGUAAUUGCAAAUAAUUCACUUUAUCUAUCAUUCAAUGGAUGAUCAUGUGGGUAGCUUGCCAGUUAUGUCAUCAUGAAUUCACUUUAUCUAUCAUCCAAUGGAUGAUCAUGUGGGUAGCUUGCCAGUUAUGUCAUCAUGAAUUCACUUUAUCUAUCGUCCAAUGGAUGAUCAUGUGGGUAGCUUGCCAGUUAUGUCAUCAUGAAUUCACUUUAUCUAUCAUCCAAUGGAUGAUCAUGUGGGUAGCUUGCCAGUUAUGUCAUCAUGAAUUCACUUUAUCUAUCAUCCAAUGGAUGAUCAUGUGGGUAGCUUGCCAGUUAUGUCAUCAUGAAUUCACUUUAUCUAUCAUCCAAUGGAUGAUCAUGUGGGUAGCUUGCCAGUUAUGUCAUCAUGAAUUCACUUUAUCUAUCAUCCAAUGGAUGAUCAUGUGGGUAGCUUGCCAGUUAUUUCAUCAUGAAUUCACUUUAUCUAUCAUCCAAUGGAUGAUCAUGUGGGUAGCUUGCCAGUUAUUUCAUCAUGAAUUCACUUUAUCUAUCAUCCAAUGGAUGAUCAUGUGGACAACAUUUCUCAGAAUAAAUGUAAAAAAUGAGAUUGUUAACAUUGCAGUAAAAAAAAUAAAAACCAAAAACCAUGGCGAUAUCUGUUUGUUUAUAAGCACCUCUGGUUUUAUUGGUCUGACAUGUUGAGACUGGGUGGAUGUUGUACGUUUCAAAAGUUGACAUAUUUAAACUGGGUGGAUUUUGUACGUUUCAAAAGUUGACAUAUUUAAACUGGGUGGAUGUUGUACGUUUCAAAAGUUGACAUAUUUAAACAGGGUGGAUUUUGUAUGUUCAAGUUCUGACCACUCUUGUGUUUCUAGUGUGUUUUUGGACUCUGCGACUCGUCAGGCAAUGGGUGAACAGGCUUGCAGACUUGCUCACGCAGUGGGCUACGACUCGGCAGGUAGGGGCAACAACUAUUAAAACUAUCAGCAAUGUGAUUACAAUUUUACAGCUGAACUUAAAUUAUAGUUAAAAUUUUAUAACAUUUUUUUAAAAUUAAUUCCAGGCACUGUAGAGUUUCUAGUGGACAAGAAUAAAAAUUUCUACUUUCUUGAGAUGAAUACCAGGCUGCAGGUGGAGCACCCUAUCACUGAGAUGAUCACAGGAGUUGACAUUGUCCACCAAAUGCUGAGAGUGGCUCAUGGCCACCCGCUUUUACACAAACAAUCUGACAUUCCCGUGGACGGUUGGGCCAUUGAAUGUCGAGUCUAUGCAGAGGUAAUGUCCCCACAGUUGGAGAUAGCUUGUCUUCUGUUACACUCAUAGUUUUAUAGUCCCUGGAGAUCAGAAUAACUUCUGUUAUGCUCAUAUUUGUAUAGUCCCUGAAGAUCAGCUUGACUUCUGUUAUGCUCAUAUUUGUACAGUCCCUGAAGUCUCUUGUGUAAUUUUAAAAAUUUGUCACUUUGAUGUUCGCUCUCCGCAGUAACUCAUUAUUCUAUAUCCCCUUUGAUUUUCUCGGCAUCUAGGAUCCCUAUAAAAGUUUUGGAAUGCCAUCUAUAGGAAGGCUGUCUCGUUAUGUAGAGCCAACCCAUCUGAGUAAUGUAAGUGGCCAUCAUUUUGAUCAUAAGCCUACAAUGAUAGAAGAUGCUUACCUUUGAUUUUCAUAGUUUUUUUUACAUAGCUUCAUCACAAUGCUCUAUAAGCUACCGUAACUUUUUAUAAACUCAAAGCUGUUUUGCUUUGAUCCCAGGAUACAUCUGGUCAUGUUCCAUCUGAAGCUAAUUAAACAUUACCAAAAAAGUUUUAGUUUUGUGAGGUUUGACAGAUGCAGAAGUAAAGUUAUAUUUGUCAUGAAGAGAUGUUAUUGUAUUUUGACAGACUCGUUGUGACAGUGGCAUCAUGGAGGGAAGUGAAAUCAGCAUUUACUACGAUCCUAUGAUCUGUAAACUUGUAACCUAUGGAAGGGA